GAGAGAGAAAAUUAAAGAAAUCUGCAAAAACUAAGAAACAACAAAACAAGAGAGAAAAAUAAAAACCCAACACAACACACCCUCACCAAGAACAAACCAGAAACAAACCACGCUACAAUAACAGAAAAACCCAACUCCAAACCCAUUUCUCUUCAUUUUCCCCCAGUUUUCACCUCCAUAAAUUCUUCUGCAAAUUCCAAUUUUACUUUCAUAAUUAUUAUUCAUUCUCAUGAGGAUUAGAAAAAACAGAAAAAUUUUAGCUGAAGAAGGAUGUUCAUCAACACCAAUUUCAUUUACAGUUUGUCAGCUUAAUCGCGCUCCUUGGGACGAUGAUUCCUGUUUUUCCCAGUUUCUUCAAGAACAAUGGGAUGAUUGUCUACCUGUUAAUGGAAGUUUAGUUGAUUGUAUUCAUGCUUCAGAGAGUGGAGAUUUAAGGGAAUUAUCGCUGGAGUUCAUCGAAAAAACUGGGUUAACAACAAAACUUGUUGACUAUCAAGUUGAACCAAAAACGACAUCGUUUUGCAAGAAACGACGGAGUACCGUGGCUGAGCCGAAGAAACUAACUCCAGCCGCGCCGCCACCACCGUCUAUCCUCGCCGAGCCGAGGAAGCGCGGCCGCCCUAAGAAACCAAAACCAACAUUACCAGCUCCAGCCACGGGUAGUGAAGCUAAUAAUGAUAAUAAUAACCCGUAUUCGUAUUACUAUUAUUCCGGGUUCGGUCCAAGUUGGGGCAAGAGAAGAGGAGGAAAUAUUAAGCAUUGUAAAAAUGAAAAUUCUUACAUAAAUAAAAAUGGAGGAAAUUGUAAUUGGGGUAUGGAUAAUGGUGUUACUAAUACGACUCUAGGGUCCGACUCUUUUAUGAGUCAGUCCGAGGAUGAUAAUGGUGGACAAGAUGAAGACAACAAAAAAUAUGCUAAGAAAACUUGUGACAUUGUAAUAGUGGAUGAAGUUUUAGAUUAUAUUGAUGAUGAUGACGAAGAUGAAGAUGGAUCGGGUCAAAAACGACCUCGAAAACCUAUUAAGGCUAGGUCGCUUAAGUCCUUAAUGUAAUGGUGUAACUUAGAAGUGUAUAAUUGUAACAUUGUGUGUUAUUCCAGAUAUUUGUUUAUCGGUUUUAAUUAGAUUGUUAUAUGACUGGAGUUGUAGUAAUAGGAAGUGGUUAGAUUACAGUAUUUUAGCCUGUACUAGCCACUUGCGUUUUGAGGCUUUUCAGAUUUCUUUUAUUUAUUGUGGGAACUUGGAAGGGUAGCAUUGUACUUUUAUGUUGUUCAUUAUGGGAUGAUUGAAAUGAAAAACAUUUUUUCAUUGCCCCUUUUUAGUUGGAA